AUGUUAACCCCUUCCUCCCCAGUGCCAUUAGUACAGUGUCAGUGCUUUUCUUUUGUACUGAUCACUGUAUUGGUGUCACUGGGGAUGUCAGUGAUCCCAAGUCAGUUCCCCCCCAGUGUCAGAAUGUCCGCCACAGUCCCGCAGUCCCGCUAUAAGUAGCUGAUUGCCGCCAUAACUGUGUAAAUUCCAUUAUCUAUACCAUAGUUUGUAGAUGCUAUAACUUUCACACAAAGCAAUCACUAUACACUUAUUUGGAUUUUU